AUGGGCUCACCUCCAGAUUAUCACGGAAACCUCGUGGCGUUGGAAGGUUCGCCCGAAGUCGUUUCCACCCAACUUCGCCUUCUCCCAACCUCACCACAGAUUCUGGUUUUGCCAAGUAUUCAAAACUUCAUCAAGGCCAAAGCCAACGAUACGCCCUUCGAUGCUCGCUCUUUUAUUCGAGAAGUUCACGAGGCCUCUAAUAUCAGACGACAGAAAGCCCUAGAGUUUCUUAAAAAGGCAACGCCUUCGCGCAAGAGACUGGUAUUCCUCAACGGUGGGACUGUGAGCGCGCACACCCUCUGCAUCACAGCUAUUCGACAACAGGAAGGCAUCGAAGGCUACUCCAAGGCGGAAGCAAGCUUUACGGAGCUUGUAAAGGACGGACUGGCAGGACUGGCGGGUUCUGCGCCAAACCCCAAGCAAGCUGCAUCGGGCAAGGGCUCGUAUAACGCUUAUGGAUAUGAAGAGGUGGAAAUAGAAGACGCUUCAACUCUGGCUAUGAGGGCGGCAGAGGUCCUGGAUCAGGAGACCCAGUCCCUACAGCCCAAUGAGCUGCUGGACCUGGACAAGACCAGGCCACGAAGCUUCAGUCUCCCGAGCGUCAAUGUGCUAAAACGGGCCGCAUCUGAGGAUCUUAACCUGAUGGUGGCUGAUACCCCCGUGGAAGGCGGUGCUUCGUCCCCCGCGACGUCGGUCGCGGGUCGUACGCGGCUCUUGGAGGAGGCCCCGAAGUUCCAGGCCACCGUCUGGGAUCCAGCAUGUUCGAACACGCUGCGGAUGUCAACAUGUAGCAGUAUAGUUGCGACGUACGCUUACGCACCCACCUACAACUUGCCGCGUCCAGUCAACGAGCUGGCAUGCUUGUCCCCCCUCCCAGAACUGCCUAUUGCAUCCCCGACAAGUCCAGGUAAUACUGUCAUUGAACAAGCCGAAAUCCUGGACAUGGCCCCGUUGACCAAGACUGGCUCACUCAGGCGAGUGCGCUCACUUGACCGCAUGUUUCCGACUCGUGGCCUCAGUCUGAGGAUCACUGUCCCGACUGAAGGUGCAACACGAGAUGCUCCAAAUCGGAAGAGAGGCGAUGGGGAGGACACGCGCUGCUUCUCUUGGGUCGGAGUACCGGGCCCCGACGUAUCAUCACGGCCCCGUCCCGCAAAUCUUGAUCUCCGCCGGGCUGUUGUAUGCAAGGCCAACCAGACCACAAUCUCCCGAUCGGCGUCGCGCAGGAAACCAGAAACAAGCUUGCGGUAUGUCGACAAGGGAACAGAUGCAUUCGAAAUCGAUGUAGAACCGGGUUCAAUACGCACGAGCGAGCAGUCGGUCUCAGGACCUGCUCUACCUUUCACAGAAGACCUCGUGAUACACUUUACGGGUGAUGCGCACCAUCUCCUUUUCGAGUCAAUUAUGCAGGGCUUCAGGACCGGCGUCUACCCCGUGGUUCCCAUCUCUAGCGAUGACGGCUACGAUAUUCCAGACUUACCUGCAACUCCAAGUACCACUGAAUGGCCCGCACCAUUGGUGUGGAAAAAGAGUACACCUGCCUCUGUGGCUAGUGCGUCCGAUGAAUACGAUCCAUAUAGACCACAGAGCGAGUACGCACCAGGACGGGUUAUCCCACCUUCGAAAUUGGACGAGAUGAGCAUGCCUGCUAUCAACCCGCCCACCCCAGCUCACACACCACCUCCCCAUGCCAGGAAUCUCAGCGACAAGUUUCGAGUACUCUCCAUUGGCAGGAAGUCAUCCAUUAGCAUACAGAAUGUAUUGCGGAGUGAACUUUCUACACACUACUCCUCGGGCAAGCAAGGAUUUAGUCAACAGUUCUUGUCUACUCUCCCCGAGAUGGACAACCUCUGGCGACUGCUUUUCGAGGGCGUCACUGAACCCAGUCGACCAAAAGGGGACAGCAAGAACGGCCCUACAAGGAGCCAUAAAAAGCAUGUGGAUCUUGUCCUCGCCAUUGGCGCAGAUGAAGCCGUUGAGGAAGCCUUUUCUGCAUCGGUAUUAGAGCAGCUGGGCAGAAUAGGAAAUGUUUCAAUGAAGGGUAACGUUGCAAAGAGCGGCCAUUUGAAUCUUAGGUAUCUGAUCGCCAAUGCCCUGCGGCAGCGCCUAGAUCACACCCAGGACGAUCCUCUUGGUAGUCCGAUGGUACUGGCGGCUUUGAUCAUCCCACACCUGGACAUGUACCUUGCCGCGCAUCCAGACGUCCGUUUCAUGAUACUAGAAUACCCGACAAGCCAUUUUCCAACCGUCCUAGCCUUGCAAAAGCUCAUGGGCGACCACAUUGUGCAGGUUGCCGGGAUCGUGCCGGAGCAAAAGUCACCGAGGCGCCGUGGUUCGACUAGAAGCAUUCGGGCAGCAGCUCCGACCCUACAAUCGUUUACCACUGCCAACCAGACCAUCACGUUGUCAGGUCACUCAGAUAUCACUCUUGCGGCAACCGCCAAAGAAGACGAGAUUGCCGCCUUCGUCUCGGACAUCUGGAGCACUCUGAUCGAAGUUAGUGAUUUUUACACAAUUGACCAUAUGCCCGGCAAAACCAGCAAGAAGGAAGCCCAGCCCGUCAGUUUUAACCGCUCAGAACCGCCUUCAGGGGCUCUGCCUCGACUCCCCACCAGCUCCACGGGCACGCAAACGAUUCCAGCGCCCCAGAGCCCGCGCGAGUCCGCCAUGCCCUCGACGUCGACACGUCGUCGUAACCGCAGCCGGCACCGCUCGCCAUCUCCCACGCCCUCGACAAAGUCGAGGGCCUUUUCCAUUGCCUCUUUCCGCACCACCAAAACGGGCAAGAGCAAGGCCACGCGCAGGAUAACGAUGGGCACCAUGGCCACAACGGGUGGCGGUGCCGAGAGCAUCCUGGACUUUUACGACCCGGCCGAGGAGAGCGACUACGACCUGGAAGAGAGACGUCUGAUGCCCCUUUAUAUGACGCGCGGUCAGGUUCCCAGGAAGGCCAACACGCGAAAGGCUUUGAAGUGGCUAGGGUUGGCGUAGAACAAUGCCUGCCUGGUCGGUCUUUAUGUUGGCAUUUUCCCGGGCCUUGUUAUCGUUGCCUAUGGGUUCUUUUCCGCUGCUUCACUCUUUCUUUUGUUAUCUUGUUCUGAUUUCGCUUCUUUCCCGAGUCUAUUCGGGCCAUCUUCCUCAAUGAACCUAUUUAGAUACCUUUGCAUAGCAAUGCACUAGAUUACUU